AUGGACUUGCGCACCAUCAUGAACAACGACGCCAGCGGCGUUACAAACCCCUCUCCGUCGACAUCGCAACAGUCGCCUGCGCGCCGGCAGAGCUCUGACCCUUUCAAUACUCCUCGCCAGAACGAGGCCUCGACCCCGGGUUCAUCGUAUCAGGCUGGAUACUUCUCUCGCCCGCCUCAACCCCCUCCGUUGCAGCCACCUCACCAUUCUCCGGGUGGAUCGUCCUCCUACAGCUCAGCCCAGUCGCCGUAUCAAUACAAUUCGGCUUUCACUCUGAGUACGGGCGCUCAGUCUCAUCACGCGCAGAGCCCUUCUCACGCCUAUCCUCCGGUUUCUCGCGACGCCCACCCCGUCACUCCCGCCAGUCCAGCCGUGUACAGCCAGCCACAAGGGCCCUCGCUGGCUUUGCCCUAUACACCGCAGUCGGUGAAUUCAGCGCCCCACCAGCAAUCUUACUUCUCUCACCAGGGCUCUCAGUCCCUUCAACCCAACGAUCUCAACCGGGAACUCCUCUUGGACCGCCAUCAGUCCCCUAUCAGCGCCCUCCUUCCCAGACGAGCCGGCCACCCUCCUCCGGACACGAACACGGUCAACCGUCUACUUCGUGGGGGCCCCAGGAGAGCCAUGGACUAG